AUGGUGUUCAACAGUUAUGGAGUACAGAAUUACUACAACUCCUUAGUUCAGUCAUCGUUUUACUUGACAAGAUUUAUGAAAUAUCGAGUCCCCAAGGAAAAUGAGAUUAAUAUUGGACUUAUACCUCAUACUGACAAGAAUUUUAUGACCAUAAUUGAUACAAAUCAUGUAAGAGGUUUGGAGAUAGAAACAAGAGACGGUGAGUGGCUUGAUUUUCAGCCAUCUCCUUCUGCUUACCUAGUCAAUGCCGGCGAGCCGAUGAUGGCUUGGAGCAACGGACGAAUACAUGCUCCCCUACAUAGGGUUGUCAUAAGAGGAGAAGAAGAGAAAUACUCUAUUGGAAAUUUUUCCUGUGUCAAUGGGAUGGUGGAAGUUCCAGACAAGCUAGUUGAUAGUGAAAACCCGUGGAAAUUUAAGCCAUUUAGUCAUCUGGCAUUUCUUGAGUACUGCAAGAAAGGGGGGCCAACAAUAAUGCAAAGUGCCAUCAAAACCUUUUGUGGAAUUUGA